UUCCUGACACUGAAACUGUCAGAAAGUGGACAAAAAUACAGAAAAGGGAAAAUGAAGAGAGAACAUGGGAAAAGCAUCAAUGAUAUCUGUGAAAAUGACAUUGUUACAAAAGGAACAUCUGGAAAAAGGACCACAGACAGUCACACAACGAGAAUCCAGUCAUCUGAACUCACAGGAAGUGAUGGUGUGAUGAUCAGAAGGUCCAGAGCAGCUGCAGUAGUGUUUGUGCUGCUGUGUGUUCUUCUGCUGACUGCACGCAUUAUACUGUGUGCCACCUUCACUCAAGAGAGACAACAGCUGCUAACUACGAUCACCAACCUCACAGAAGAGAGAGACCAGCUACUUACUAAGAUCACCAACCUCACAGAGAGACAACAGCUACAAACCGACAAUAUGAACCUCACAGAAGAAAGACAACAGCUGCUAACUAUGAUCAACAACCUCAAAGAAGAGAGAGACCAACUGAAAUCAGAAAGAAAUGAUCUUCAGAAGAAGUUUGCGGAUGGAUGGAGGUGCCACCAAUCCAGUCUUUACUUCAUUUCCUCUGAGACGAAGAACUGGGAUGAGAGCAGAAGAUACUGUAGAGAGAAAGCAGCAGAUCUGAUCAUCAUCAACAACAGAGAGGAACAAGAUUUUGUGAAGAUCAUUACUGGUAGUUUUGAUUAUUUCUGGAUUGGUUUGACUGAUGUUGAAGUGGAGGGCAGAUGGAAAUGGGUUGAUGGCAGCACACUGACCUCUUGGUUCUGGGCACCUGGACAGCCAGACAGCUUUCUGGGAACAGAUGAAGACUGUGCUACUACUCAUUCAUUAGCAUGGUUUGAUACUCCAUGUAAUAGUAUUGUUAAAUGGAUCUGUGAGAAGAGUAUCCUUAAAUGAUACAUUAUAAUAAAAAUGUACAUAUAUUAAUUAUGAACGUAUAAAUGUCAGUAAUUUUACCUUUUUUUUCUUUUGUUUUUUGUUUUUUGAAUGGCACAUUAAUUAGUUUAUUCUGUUAAAGCAAAUAAAAAAUAAAUAGAAAAAAACAUUGCAGCUUUUUGUAACAACUACAGUAUGACAAUAAACCUAACUGAUGAUGAUUUA